ACAAAAUUUUAACAGGGAAAGGGCCUCAUGCAAAUGAGCUCGCGGUGAUGACGUCAUCCCCGUGUGCAACUUAAAAGAUGAGCUUUGCAAGAUCGCUGGCUGGACUGCUGUACAGACCUUACACAUGUACUGUCAUACAACGUGUAGUCACAGUAAAUUGCUGCAGGCCACAACAUCAGAGUCUCACAUUCCCCCGAUGGAUUUCAACAGGCAUCACCAACCACUGUGAGUCUGGUGAUGGGGUGGUCAAAGGAGAAAACAAAGUCAACACAGAAUCUGGCCCCGGUGUACUGGAGUAUGACAGUGAGAAGGUAGACUUACAGUUGGCAGUCACAAAGAAGGCGCUUGAGACAGAUGCUGCCAUCCGUGCAACUAAGGUGGCCGCGAAGAAGGAGUUUGUUUUUCCAGACGUUGAGAGACAGCCAGGCGAAUACUUCCCGACGGAGCGUAUCCGAGACAUGUACGUGGACGGGGUAAGGUUUGAUGAUCUGCCAACAGUUUAUAUCACGUCCACUCUACAGAACACCAAAGGCGGGGCAUAUCUGAGUAAUGGAAAUGCUUUGACCUACCAGUCCGGGGGUAGAGUUGGGUUUAAGAACACUAAGAAGAAGACUGCUGUGUGUGGACAGACCGUGGGGUUUGCUAUUGGUCUGGACUUGAUCAAGAAGGGAUACAAAAACACCCUUGUAGUUCUGAAGGGAUUUGGUCAGGGAAGACUGCCUUGUUUGAAGGGCCUACAACUAGCGGGAAUCAACAUCGUCUCCAUCACCGACUCAACGUACCCAAAUGUUACAACACGACCCAAGGGCAAAAGAAGUCUCUGAGGAGGGGCGCAUUUGUUGUAUUAGUAGAUAAAAAACAACUGUAUAAAUGAAGCAUGAUGUUUAAAAAAUUAGAUGACCAAUGUCAUUUUUUUAAAUUUCUGAUAAAAUAUGUAUUAACUACAUUUUGUGUGAAGCCUAUCAAUAUCGAUAUUCAUCUUGCUUUUCGGUAACUGAAAUUUCAAAGCUUUUCAUCGAAAUCGUCAUGAUCGUAGAAUGUCCUUACCAUUUAUGAGGCAUUGUCCAUCACGGUUACUGUUAACCUUGUCCUUCACAGUCACUGUUAACAUUGUCCAUUACGGUUACUGUUAACAUUGUCCAUUACGGUUACUGUUAACAUUGUCCAUCAUGGUCACUGUUAACAUUGUCCAUCAUGGUCACUGUUAACAUUGUCCAUUACGGUUACUGUUAACAUUGUCCAUCAUGGUCACUGUUAACAUUGUCCAUCAUGGUCACUGUUAACAUUGUCCAUCACGGUCACUGUUAACAUUGUCCAUUACGGUCACUGUUAACAUUGUCCAUCACGGUCACUGUUAACAUUGUCCAUCAUGGUCACUGUUAACAUUGUCCAUUACGGUUACUGUUAACAUUGUCCAUCACGGUCACUGUUAACAUUGUCCAUUACGGUUACUGUUAACAUUGUCCAUCAUGGUCACUGUUAACAUUGUCCAUUACGGUUACUGUUAACAUUGUCCAUUACGGUUACUGUUAACAUUGUCCAUCAUGGUCACUGUUAACAUUGUCCAUCAUGGUCACUGUUAACAUUGUCCAUUACGGUUACUGUUAACAUUGUCCAUCAUGGUCACUGUUAACAUUGUCCAUCAUGGUCACUGUUAACAUUGUCCAUCACGGUCACUGUUAACAUUGUCCAUUACGGUCACUGUUAACAUUGUCCAUCACGGUCACUGUUAACAUUGUCCAUCAUGGUCACUGUUAACAUUGUCCAUUACGGUUACUGUUAACAUUGUCCAUCACGGUCACUGUUAACAUUGCCCAUUACGGUUACUGUUAACAUUGUCCAUCAUGGUCACUGUUAACAUUGUCCAUCAUGGUCACUGUUAACAUUGUCCAUCACGGUUACUGUUAACAUUGUCCAUCAUGGUCACUGUUAACAUUGUCCAUCAUGGUCACUGUUAACAUUGUCCAUCACGGUUACUGUUAACAUUGUCCAUAACCGUUACUGUUAACGUUUUCAUCGAGAAUGUGUGAUCAUUUUAACCUUAUCAGGCAACCAGUUCUAUAGUGAUUUUGUGUUCAAUGAACCAUUUGUUAGCUUGGUAGAAAGUGAAGUAGUGUAAAAUUGAUCGCAUGUUUUUCCUAAAAUUGAAAAAUUGUUGAUCAAGCUGUGUGGAUAUUCUCAAUUACUGUGUUUAUUUGUUCAUGUUUGUAUUGAUGAAACUGUUUAAUUUGCUAUAUUAAAUUGAAACUGAAUAAAAUUUGAACUUA